AUGGAAAACAAAGUGAGGCCAUUGGUCGAUGCCCUCAAACUGGGCAAGAAAGCCGUCUUCUUUUUGGGUGCCGGAGUAUCUACGUCAUGCGGAAUUCCCGAUUUUCGUAGUCCCAAAACAGGUCUAUACGCUCAAUUGGAACGUUUGAAGCUUCCCUAUCCAGAAGCAGUAUUCGACAUCGACUACUUCCGUGAAAGCCCACAGGCGUUUUAUACACUAUGCGAGGAGCUUUAUCCGGGAAAGUUUUUUCCCUCAAAGUUCCAUUUUUUGCUAAGAUUGUUCCAGGAGAAGGACCUCUUGCAAAAGGUCUACACUCAGAACAUAGACACUCUUGAGCAAUUGGCUGGAGUCGAUCCAGAAAAAAUCAUUGCAGCUCACGGAUCUUUUGCUGAUAACCAUUGUAUCGAGUGUCAGGAGCGUAUGGCGCCCGAGGUGUUGAAGGCACAGAUGAGCAAAAAGUCAGAGAACGACGGCAUUCCAACCUGCAAAAAAUGUCAAGGCUAUGUGAAACCCGACAUUGUAUUCUUCGGUGAAGGUUUGCCAGUAGAGUUCUUCGAUAACUGGGACGAGGACUCUGCCAAUGUAGAUGUAGCCAUUGUCGCUGGAACGUCAUUGACGGUGUAUCCUUUCGCCGGGUUGCCAGCAGAAUGUCCCAAGUCAUCUUUGCGGGUAUUAAUCAACAAUGAAAUAGUUGGAGACUUCAAGCUGAGCCGCAGAAAGUCUGAUAUCAUCUUGAAGAAGACCUGCGACGAAAUCGCCCUGCUUCUUGCGCUGGAAUUGGGGUGGAACGAUGAGUUAGAUACACUCAUCGAAGCAGAAAAGGCUAAAUUCUUGUCCAAGAGUGACAUUUCAAGAACUACCAUAGCAGCACUGGACGACAGUGUUGAACUGACUGACUCAGGGGCCUUCGUCGACGCUUUGGAAAGUCAAGCCGACGGUCAAUUGGACGCUUCCGAAAAAAUGGCCAAGAAAGUGGCAGAAGCCAUCAAGGAUACAGAGGACGAAAAGGCUUUAGAAAAAGACUUCGAGAAAUUGACCGUGUAA